AUGAUCAGAACUCUCCGACCGUCAGCUAUGGGCUCCAGAGUGGGUGCCCUGGCGAGUCCUGGUCUUGCCCUCCUCCUGUCCCUCACUGCCCACUGCUCGGGUCCUCAGGCUAAGGCCUUGCCCAAGGGAGGCCUGAAUGCUAGUGAAGGCACCGACGCAUGGGUCAGGGACAACACUUCCCUCCUGCAAAACUUCUGGUGCUUGCCAGCCAGCCAGCUGCCCCGGGAACAGCUCUCCAGUUUAAUCAGAAGCCUGGCUUUGCAGAGGGUCCCACUCAAAGCCUGGCAGCUCAGCUGCUUGGCCAACCUCGCUGCACGGCUGGGCCUCCAGGACGACUUCGAGUUCUACCCUCCCAACCUUCUACUUUUCUACGAUCUAACCCAGGUGGGGGACACUAACUGCCGGGCCUUCAUUCACCACGCUGCUCAAGGGGACACAGAACUGCUGGCCAACUUGCCCAACCAGAGAGUUGCCCUACAGCACACAGCCUUGGCCUGUCUGGGGGGACCCCGCCUACAGCUCAGUGCAUCAGACCUGUGGCUUCUCGGGGCCCUGGUGUGUGACAUGGGGGCACCGCAAAUCGUGACUGCAGACCCUAGUGUGCUGAAGAACCUGCUUCGCUGCCCAAGGCUUACCGCCAUGCAGAUUGCUGCCCUCAACACCCUGCUGGCCAGUGGGAAGACGCAGAUAGGGCCUCCUGGCUCCUGGAACCUGGAGGGGCUACAGGCCCUGGGACCUCUGGCCACUUACAUCGACCCCCACCUGUGGGAGAAGGUUCAGGAGGCUGUGGGCUUGGAUUUCUUCCGCAGUGUGGUUGCUGCGUGCCGGGCAGGCCAGCUGAGCAGGCAGGAUGCCAGGCGCUUCGUUGUCAACUUCCUGGAGUCCAAGGCCACUUGGGUGUCCUCGAGGCUCAAGCGGCGCACAGGGAGAACCUGUGUCCGUGGCAACAUUACAGCAGCCACCCUGCACGAUGACCUCUUCCUGGUGCACUACGACUGCACCCAGUUGGAAUCCUGCCUAGGCACGCGUGUGCUCAGGGCCAACCUGGACCCCUUGCUCCAACACCCGCUGCCUGCUGAGUGUCAGCGCGUUGUCAAAGCCAAGCUGGCUCAGAUCUACCCACACGGCGUCCCCGAGGACCAGCUGCACCUCAUCACCUCGCUGGUCUACCUCUACUCCCUCGCUGAGAUCGGCCAGUGGAACAUCACAUCCGGAGACACAGUAAUGGUCCUGCUGGCCUCAGAUGCGGCUCUGGACAACCAGACCGAGGCAGUUCUACAGAGGUUCUUGGACCAUAAUGGCAAGGUCACUGGCGCUCUUCUGGUGGCCAUCGGAGGUUCCCGUCUCUGCUGGAUGAGCCUCAGGCAGAUCCAGAUCAUCCAGCCCUCAGAGUUCCGGCUGGCCGGAGCUCCAGACAUCUCUCCCUGCCCGCAGAGUCGGAAGGAUGUGCUCUUCGCCAAGGCUCAUGAGGUCUUUAGGAACACCAGCAACGUGGGAGAAUAUUACUACCUAAUACGCCCCUACCUCGGUGGCGCCCCUUUGGAGGAACUUCAAUACCUGGCCCAGGCCAACAUCUCCAUGGACAUUGAUACAUUCACCAACCUCAACCCCCUGACCUUGAAGGGCAUGGGUGUGGACAGUGUGAGAAAUCUGCUGGGCCAGAACCUGGGAGAUCUGCGGAAAGCCCGCAACCACCCAAGUGUCGUCCUGUGGAUGCACAGUCACAACAUGUCAGACCUGUCAGAGAUGGGACUGUACGCCAGCCCCACACUGGCCGACGUGACCAACGGGCCCCCCAACACUGCCUCCCUACCACCCAACCUGAUCCACUCCUUGGAUCUGCCAGGGAAGGACAGUGUUUCCCACACCUCAGGAAGUCCUCCAGUUCAUCUGGGGCACCUGCCACUUGCAGUGGCCCUGCCUUCCAGCCUUUUGUGGCUGCUACUGUGUCUGUUACCUUCAGGACAAAUGGCCACUGCUCACAGGACACAAGGGCUGAUGGCACUGACCCAGGGCAGCCAGACCCCUGAACGUCAGACUCAGGAGAAAUGGAGCUGCUAGAUGGGACAGGACACCCGCCUAGG